UUUGAGCAGUGAAAACAAUGUCCACAGAAGUAAUCACAUUUACUUCUGUGCGUAUGUAGAACUGGAUGCUGAUACUUACAUUCAGAUUGGUUCUAGGGAACUUCUAGCGAUGGUGCUGGUGUUCAACUUUGGUGUGAGAGUGACAGCACUGGCACACUUUGCCCAAGGAGGUUGUGGACUCUCUACCCUUGGAGGUACUCAAAAGCCAUCUGGACGUGGUCCUGGUUGGAUUCAUAUUCUAAACACUAUCGAGUUAGCUAAAAUAAUCAAAAAUACCUUCUCUAAGAAGCUUCACAAUGAGGAUGACCCCCCAGAACCUUCAGCAGCUGAGCAGCCUUCCACGGCCACAGAGACUACGCCGACUCCCCAGACAGCAGCAGCCUUAUCUGAAGCAGAUACUUCCCCACCACCUUACUGUAGCAUAGCUGUAGAAGCAGCUGCAACCUCAGAAACACAGAAUGAAUUUUAUCCUGUACCACCUCCAUACAGUGUAGCUACCUCUCUUCCUACUUACGAUGAAGCAGAGAAGGCCAAAGCUGCAGCAAUGGCAGCUGCUGCAGCAGAAGUUGCCCAACGAGAAGAAGAGUAUCCACCACGGGAUGAUUUCAGUGAUGCAGAUCAGCUUAGAGUGGGCAAUGAUGGCAUCUUCAUGUUGGCAUUUUUCAUGGCGUUUAUUUUCAACUGGAUUGGAUUUUGUUUAUCCUUCUGUAUAACAAAUACCAUAGCUGGAAGGUAUGGUGCAAUCUGUGGAUUUGGUCUCUCCCUGAUCAAAUGGAUUCUCAUUGUACGGUUUUCAGAUUAUUUUACUGGAUAUUUCAAUGGACAGUACUGGCUUUGGUGGAUAUUUCUUGUACUUGGACUUCUCCUGUUCUUUCGAGGCUUUGUUAAUUAUCUUAAAGUCAGAAAUAUGUCUGAAAGCAUGGCAGCUGCUCACAGAACAAGAUUUUUUUUCUUGUACUGA